AUGUGGUGGCUACUGAAAACAAUUUGCCUUGUUCAUGUAAUUGGAAACAUACUUUGUUUGUUGAAACCCAAACCGAAGAACCCCGAAGCCAAUAUGAAUGUUAGUGAGAUUAUUUCCUAUUGGGGCUAUAAAUGGGAAGUGUAUGAAGUUGUGAGUGGUGAUGGUUACAUUCUUCCAAUUUAUCGGAUUCCACGUGGGAAGAAUGAGAUCAUGGAUUCAUCCCCAAAGACAGUAGUGUAUUUGCAGCAUGGCUUGACUCUAUCUGCUUCUUCUUGGAUUCUCAACCCUCCCAGUAGCAGCUUGGGCUUCCUUCUGGCAGAUGCUAAUUUUGAUGUGUGGCUGGGGAACAGCAGAGGCAAUAAUUAUGCCAUGAAACAUGUGUACCUAGACCCAAAUUGUAAAGCAUUCUGGGAUUUUAGUUUUGAUGAACAAAUAAAAUUUGACAUUCCAGCCAUCAUUGAUUUCAUUGUGAACAAGACAGGACAGAAACAAAUCUACUAUGUUGGCCAUUCCCAGGGCACCCUUCUUGCUUAUGGGGCAUUUGCAACAAACCCACAGCUGGCCCAGAAAAUUAAAGCCAACCUUGCCCUGACCCCUGUUGUGACUACCAGGUAUCUGUCAGGUGCCUUUCGCACGAUUGCAUACGUUCACCCAACAGUGAUCAAGGUAGCCAUUACAAUUGGUCGUUGUGUGUUGACUGAUGGUAGGUUGGCCGGGGCUGUGUUGUCAACAACAAGCCUCCACUUACCUCACUUGCUUCUCUUCGUGUACAGAAACCCCUUGCGGACCCCAAUGAACUCUGUGGCCUGUGGGCCCGGGCAGGUUCCUAUCACUUCAGAGACACCUGCUCCUCCAGUCUCACACCAGGGACAGCCAUGGUCCAUGCAGAGAGGUGUGCAUGAGAACACAGAAAAGUGGAAGCAGUGGAGAGCCGAGCUCAUUCUGGAGGAGAGGUGCAGAACUGAAGGAACAGUGUGUCUCCCGGGCUCGGCUUUCUCCCACGCUGCACGACAGGAAACUACCAAGUGGGCUUCAUAG